GGCCGGACCUGUGUUCUUGAGAGCUCCCAGAGACUGAUUUACUGCCAUCUGUUACAAAUGCCUUCAUCAGCAGACUCCGCUGAGGUCCCAGUCACCAAACAUCUUUCUUUAUUUACACGUACACACUUCAAUUGAUCAAGACAUGACAAUCUGAUCAGACAUGGGCAACUGGCAAUCGCAACCCUACAUUAUUGAUGAGUAUGAUUCAGAAGAUGAAUAUGAAGACACUGAAUCAAGCCUGCCAUCUGUAAAUCUGCAGACACCUGAAGAUCUCCAGACGUCAGCUAAUGAGCAGACACAUGUUAAUGAGCAGACACAUGUUAAUGAGCAGACGUCAGCUAAUGAGCAGACGCAUGUUAAUGAGCAGACGCAUGUUAAUCAGCAGACGUCAGCUAAUGAGCAGACGCGUGUUAAUCAGCAGACGCGUGUUAAUCAGCAAGCGUGUGUGGAUGUGCAGGUGGUGAGCACGUUGGUCCGGGAAGUGGAGGAGCUGCUCUCUCACCUGGCUAACGAGGACUACCAGGCAGCCAAUCAGAUUGCACGGUCGCUCAGGUGUGAGACACAUGGAAUGUAUGCAGACAAAGAUGACAAAGAGCACAGCCAAACAAAGCCAAGUCCAAGACGGACGAUUCCUAAGUUGACUACGAGACCACGAUCUGACAGUGACAAGUCACGUGAUCCACAAUCUGACAGUGACAAGUCAUGUGAUCUGCGAUCUGACAAUAACAAGUCAUGUGAUCUGCGAUCUGACAAUAACAAGUCAUGUGAUCUGCGAUCUGACAGUGACAAGUCGUUAGACGAGUUUUGGCGUCACGAGAUAAACAGCAGUCCUGUCAACAGUGCACUGCUGUCUUCUGCGGCCAUCUUCGAGAAUGUGGAAAAUGUUGAAGAUUCCGUAAAAGAGGCAGACAUUGUUUUCAGUGAAUCCAGUGAUGCCGAUCUCCCAGCUGUAGACAAGUUAAACGUUAACAACUGUGAACAAGCAGUUAACCACUUAGAUGAUGUACAAAUGGUUGAGGGCGUUCCGAGUUCCGAAAGUCUGAAAGUAAAACGAGAAUGCGAAGAGAAUGGACAUCAUUUAGCCUGGGAAAUAGACUUUAAUGAUACGGCAGAAAAGAAAAAAGUGAAAAGGAAAUCAGGGAUUCCUUCAUUAAACAACCUCUCAGCCAAAGAUAUCUCCAUGGAAACGACGCCUUACAUUCCACCACAGGUUACAGCAUCGCUGGAAGAAAUAGCCGACCGUCGAGUUUUAGAUAACAAGAGAUGGUGUUGUGUGAGUCGUCCCCAGUAUCGCACGUCGUGUGGCCUGUCUUCCCUCGUGUCGUGCUGGAACUAUCUCUUCAGCACCCUCGGCCAUGGAAGUCAUCCACCAGUGACACAAGAAGAAGUCCUCACGAUUCUGGCCUUCAAACCUCCUUUCAGUGAAAUCAGAUUUGGACCCUUCACAGGAAAUCUCACACUAAUGAAAUGGUUCCGCAAACUGAAUGACCACUUCAAGACAAAGGGACGAUGUUAUUUCCUGUACAAACCAAACGGCAAGAACAAAACCUAUGGAAUAAGCUCCACUGAGGCUCUGGUAUCUCUGAAGAAAGGACUCAAAGAUUCUGGGAUGACUUUUAUAUACCACUGCAACAAUCACUAUUUCUGUCCCAUUGGAUACGAAGAUUCGCCAUUAGAUUGUGAGAAAGCGUACAGUGGUCGAUUAGCCCAGGAUGAUGUUGAAACGUGGAUUUACAUUGGUGACACGAGUAGAAAACAUCCUUGUCUUCAUUGUAAGAGGUGGUCUGACAUCUGCACCGAUCUCAACUGUAAGAGUCCGGAAUUCCUCAACAUUCGACAGUUAUGGAAGGGAGUCCAGAAGCGGAACACUAAGAAAGCUGGUGGCAAUCUGCACUGUAUCAUGACGUUCCAGCAAAGCCAAAACCUCGGACCAAAACGAACUCUGAUCCCACGUGUGUCCAAUCUUCCCAUACGAAGAACUAGCAGCAACAGUUCUGGUGGAGAGGGCGAUGGAGUUAAGUCCCCCGGUGGCCUGGUUGGGAGGGUGAAAGAAGAGGAGGAAUUUAACAAGUAUGAGGAGGAAGACAUUGAAAGUGGCUGUGAUGAUGAUGAAGAAGAAGAAGAAGAGUAAAAUGUGAAAUUUGAUAUUUGAGAUUUUGUAAUUCACAACUUGUGUCAAACCUGACCGAAUCUUGUGAAAACAAAACCUUCAGCUAAAUUAUGUUUUUGACAAGAUUUUUGUGGCUAUUUGUUUCAUACAACUGGAUUUCUGCAGCAUUUAAAUGCUCAAUGAAUGGAUGGAUAGAUGGAUGGAUGGGUGAAUGGGUGGAUGGACAGAUAUAUGGACGGACAAAUGGACUGUUAAAUAGACUAGACUGAUAAAUGGACAAAUUUAAGGAUGGAAUUAUGGAUGCUUGGGAAGGAUUGAUGGGUGGGUGGGUGGGUGGGUGGAUAGAUGGAUGGAUGGACAUAUGGACAGACAAAUGGAAUAUUAAAUAGACUAGACAGAUAAAUGGACAAAUUUAAGGAUGGACUUAUGGAUGCUUGGGAAGGAUUGAUGUAUGGAUGGAUGGAUGUAUGGACAGAUAUAUGGACAGACAAAUGGAAUAUUAAAUAGACUAGACAGAUAAAUGGACAAAUUUAAGGAUGGACUUAUGGAUGCUUGGGAGGG